AUGGCUGACUGCAGUUGUCCUGGACCAUCUGACGCAUCGCAACACGAGAUUAAGGACGACCCGAAUUCCUCUCUCGCCGACUGGAAGGAAGGUGAUGAUAUAGACCGGUUCUCGCGGUGGCCAACCUUCGAGGAGCAUCUGGCGGACUCACGCGAGUCACAGUUCCACGGGCCGGACAGGAGUCAGCUGGAGCGGUAUUUCAUACUUGAUGAACUCACACUGAUUUGGGAUUCUGUCUUCUCCGGCGCAAAAGUUGGUAUCAAUAAUAUCCUUCUUACGGUGUUGGGUUUCGUGGUGGGCUUGUCAUUAUCAUUCCGCGGUUCAACUGCGUACGAGAGAUGGGCUGAUGGGCGGAAGUACUGGGCCCAGCUCGUGCAGACCUCGCGGAAUCUGGCCCGCCUCGUAUGGGUGCACAUCAACGAACGGGAGGGAGACCAUGGUAAGGUGGAUCUUCUAAGGAAACUAUCUGCCAUCAACCUUAUCCUUGCCUUCGCAGUUGCACUAAAACACAAGCUACGCUUUGAGCCCGAUGUCGCCUAUGAGGACUUGGCAGGCCUCAUCGGCCACCUGGACACCUUCGCCUACCAGGCCCAUAGCCGAGAAGUGUUGGAGCCACCAGCAAAAACACGGUGGAAGGCUGUAGGAGAAUAUCUCGGAGUUUCAUUCGCCAAGUCGAACCCGCGGAAGUUGGUUAAACGGUCUAAGAAGCCUUUGGGACAUCUUCCGCUCGAGAUCAUUAACCAUUUGUCAGCCUAUAUCCAUUCAUGCGUGGAGAAUGAUACACUAUCCCCCGCUCAAUAUCAAGGUCAAGCCAUGACGAUGAUAUCUACGCUGACCGAGAUCUUGACUGGGACGGAGCGAGUGCUAGAUACCCCUCUACCCGCGGCGUAUAGCAUUGCCAUAUCCCAAAUCGCCUGGAUAUAUGUCAUGCUUCUUCCCUUUCAACUAUACAGCUUCUUACAUUGGGUCACCAUCCCUGCCUCCACUGUUGCCGCGUAUAUUAUUAUUGGCCUGCUCGCUAUUGGCAGUGAAAUAGAGAAUCCCUUUGGCGAAGAUGUCAAUGAUCUCCCACUUACCACUUACUGCCGCCAGAUUGCCAAAGAACUCGAUAUCAUCACAGCCACCCCGCCUCCAAAUGUAGACGACUUUAUGGUUCGCCAGGAGAACCUUGUCCUGUUUCCGCUCAGUCAGGAUGGCUUUCCUGUAUGGAGGGAGCGGACCAAAGAAGACAUUCAGGCCGCUCUUUACACCAAGGUGGUUGCGAGUCCCAGCCGAAAGUUUACCAUGGAGGGGGAUGAAUUCAAUACCCCGUCUAUGACAACGAGCUGGUCCACAGCGACAAGGGGGGUUUGUUAG